AUGCUUCGAAUAACAGCAUUCGUACUGCUUGGGAUUGGGGUUAGCUUUGUAUCUGCAGAUAUUGGGCCAAUUAUAAAAGAGUUAAAAGUAAAGACAGAUUUACAGUAUGUUAUCAUCGAUAUAUUAAAUCACAUAGCGAGGAAAGAAGAUGUUUCAUGCGUCGCCGCAUUCACCGACACCGUUUACUUGAACGUGUUUGAAGGAGGGCUGUUUAAGAAAACUUUUCCAAUGGCUUUUGUGACGAUUGUUGUAGAAGAGCGUGAAGAUUUGCUCUCACCGAACUUUCAUACGCUAGAAUCUAUACGAGAAGCGAAAAAAGAUGGCUGCAAUGUUUAUUUAAUUAUAUUAGCGAACGGUUUGCAAGCUACGAGGUUGCUAACAUUUGGGGAUAGAUACCGCCUGCUUGAUACCAGAGCCAUGUACAUAAUGCUCCACGACAUAAGACUAUUUCACAGCGAUUUCCACUACCUUUGGAAGCGAAUAGUCAACGUUAUUUUCAUAAAGCACCAUAAGAAAGUCAUUGGCAAAUUUAAGAGCAAAGCAUGGUUCGAUUUAACUACCAUACCAUUUCCUAAUCCGAUAAAAGAGGUUUUUAUAUCGCAAAGGGUCGAUAUUUGGAGAAAUGGUAGGUUCCACUAUGGAAGAAACUUGUUCGUAGAUAAGACAAGCAAUUUAAAUGGUGAGAUUUUAAACGUGGUGUAUUUAGAGCAUGUCCCCUCCGUGACGGUAGUGAAAACAAAUGAAACGAACAAAAUCAGCGGUGUUGAAGUGGAAAUCCUCAACACAUUGUCACAAAAGAUGAAUUUCAAACCGAAAUUAUACCAAGCAAUUCACGCAGACUUCCAUAAAUGGGGUGAAAAGCUGGCCAAUGGUUCUUUUUCCGGUCUUCUCGGUGAAAUAGUGAAUGGUAAAGCGGAUUUAGCACUAGCCAAUCUGCAGUACACACCAUACCAUUUGGAUUUAACCGACUUAAGUAUACCCUACACAUCGCAAUGUUGGACGUUCCUUACGCCUGAAGCGCUGACUGACAAUUCUUGGAAAACACUCAUCUUGCCUUUUAAAUUGUACAUGUGGAUCGCCGUACUCCUGGUACUAUUAGUAACAGGAUCGAUCUUUUUCGGCUUAGCCUAUUAUUACUUGGACUUGUUAGAUUUCAAGGAGCAAUCAAGAAAUUUACAAAACAAAGAAAAUUUUAGUGAAAAAUCCCCUCACGUAAUUAAUGGACAUGCAAAACCAGUCGGGUUAUAUUUGUUCGGCGAAAUUACAAAUAGCAUUCUUUAUACAUAUGGAAUGUUACUCGUCGUUUCACUGCCUAAGCUGCCAACGGGCUGGUCGAUACGGCUUUUGACCGGAUGGUACUGGUUAUAUUGUAUUUUAUUAGUAGUAUCGUACAGAGCGAGUAUGACAGCCAUUCUAGCCAACCCAGCACCUAGAGUCACUAUAGACACCUUAAAAGAAUUAGUCGAUAGCAAGCUCCCUUGUGGUGGCUGGGGCAGCGAAACUAAGAAUUUCUUUCAACAAUCCUUAGAUGAGAAAGGCCAGAAAAUUGGAGAGAAAUUCGAAAGUAUUAACGAUCCCGAUGAAGCCGCUGAAAGAAUCGCUCAGGGCGUUUUCGCAUACUACGAUAGCGCCAAUUUUCUUAAAUACCUCAGCGUUAAACGAAGAAAUGUGAACAUGCACAUCCAAGACGAUAAUUCGACGAUGAAUGGCACUGGAAUGGUAAAUAGAACAGGCAUGGAAAGGAGUCUUCAUAUUAUGUCCGAUUGUGUGGUUAACACACCGAUUUCUAUAGGUUUUCAUAAAAAUUCACCUUUAAAGCCUCUAGCUGAUAUAUAUUUACGUCGUAUUGUUGAAGUGGGUCUGGUGGAGAAAUGGCUUAAUGAUGCCAUGUACAAAAUAAGAUCCUUAGACACUAGUGAAGAAGAAAUCAAAGCUUUGAUAAAUCUGAAAAAAUUAUACUGUGCUUUCAUUGCUUUGGCCAUUGGAUAUUCAUUGAGCCUUUUGUGCCUUAUAGGUGAAUUCAUUCAUUGGAAUUGCAUCGUAAAACGAGACCCACAAUUUGAUAAAUACUUUUUAGAUGAAUAUUAUAAGACCAAGAACAAAAAGCAUUGAUUUGUUAUAACUAAUUUAUUAUUAAAAUUAUUUUACAUGAUUGUUUAGAAAUAAAUAUUUUGUCAGUCAUUUUUUAAGUCUUUUCCAAACAUUAAGUGGCACCAUGAAAUAUAGAGGAAUGUAUUGACUAAAGUCAUUACUAAAUAUACUAUUUAACUGAAUAUGCAUUAGUGUUUUU